GGUCUCAGCGCGUUUCACUGUAACGAUACUGUAUUAGAGACUGGACCGACGAACACCGCCUGCUCUGUGAUACAGACAGAUUAUAUAGAUUCAUUUGAAAUUAUAGUCGUUCUUCUAUUAGACGGGGUGCUUCAGCUCGUCACGAUGACGGCUCUGUCGUUGCUUUUGUUUGCCGUUUCGGCCGCAUCUGCACUGGCCGAGUCCAGUGUGUAUUUGCGAGAGCAAUUUGAAGAUGGGGAUGCCUGGAAGAGUCGCUGGGUGGAAUCCAAGCACAAGUCUGACUACGGCAUGUUGGUCCUGAGUGCAGGAAAGUUCUACGGAGAUGCAGAGGCAGACAAAGGUCUGCAGACGAGCCAGGACGCCCGCUUCUACGCUUCUUCAUACCGUUUUGAUGACUUCAGCAACCAGGGCGAGCCUCUAGUCAUCCAGUUCACUGUGAAACAUGAGCAGAACAUUGACUGUGGUGGAGGCUACCUUAAACUGUUUCCCUCUGGCCUCAACCAGGAGGAGAUGCACGGAGACUCAGUCUACAACAUCAUGUUCGGUCCUGACAUUUGUGGCCCCGGCACAAAGAAGGUUCAUGUCAUCUUAAACUACAAAGGCAAGAACCAUCUGAUUAACAAAGACAUCAGAUGCAAGGAUGACGAGUACACCCACUUGUACACACUGAUCGUCAACCCCGACAACACUUACGAGGUCAAGAUCGACAAUAAGAAGGUUGAGUCCGGCAGUCUGGAGGACGACUGGGACUUUCUGCCAACCAAAAAAAUGAAGGACCCUGAAGCCAAAAAGCCAGAGGACUGGGAUGACCAGGAGAGGAUUCCCGACCCUGAAGAGAACAAACCAGAGGACUGGGACAAGCCAGAGAACAUCCCAGAUCCUGAUGCUAAGAAGCCUGAUGACUGGGAUGAAGAGAUGGACGGAGAGUGGGAGCCACCUAUGGUCGCUAACAAUGAUUACAAGGGUGAGUGGAAGCCCAGAGAGAUCGACAAUCCCGCCUACAAGGGCAAGUGGACCCACCCUGAGAUGGACAACCCCGAGUACACAGCCGAUUCUGAGAUCUAUAAGUUCGACAGCUUUGGCGUGAUCGGACUCGACUUGUGGCAGGUCAAGUCUGGUACCAUCUUUGAUAACUUCCUGAUCACCAACGACCCCAACCUGGCGGAGGAAGUAGGCAACGACACAUGGGGUAAAACUAAGGAUGCAGAGAAGAAGAUGAAGGAAAGCCAAGAAGAGGAGGAGAGAAAGAAACGUGAGGAAGAUGACAAGCAGAGGGGAGAGGAGGCAAAGGAGGAGGAAGAGGAGGAAGAGGAGAAAGAUGAGGAGGAAGAGGAGGAAGAGGGAGACGAAGAAGAAGAAGAUGAGGAGGAGGAAGAGGGGGAAGAACAGGAGGAGGAAGAGGACUCUAAACUUAAGGACGAGUUAUAAACUUCAUGCAGGAACCAACUGUGUGUCAAUGAGCCAUUGGAACGAGGCUGAAGAGGAUCGAGCCUCAUGACUGACACCCAGGGGUGGGGUUGGGUGGGAUGGGGUUUUCCAUUUGUUUGUUUACAAAGCAAGGGAGUAGGUAAAAAAAGGGCAAAUAUUGUUUUGUUUCCUGUUUCCAUGUACUACUACUACUACUACAACACUACUACUACUACUACUAUUGUUAUUAUUAAACGGGGAAUAGUAAUAGAAAGAAGGAAGAUUUCAUAAUGAAUGUCAAGACAGGAAAUUAAAUCAAUCAGCUAAAUUGUUUUGCCCUACAGAAACGUAUAUAUCAUUUGUGUUCUUUAAAAAUCUGUGUUUUUAUGAAGUAUAAUGUUGUGACAUGAAAAGCUAUAUUUGGCAUGUGGCAGAAACCACGAAAAUGUUUUGUUUAACGUGUGUGUUUUUCUUUUUCUUUUCUUUAUCGUUUGCAGUCAUACAUGUCAUUCCAUCUCAUGGCCCCCUUCUUUUUUCUUUUUUUUAAAGCUUCGUCAAUUUCAAAUGAUUCAAAAGUGACAAGAUUACACAGGUUACUUACUCUUAUUUAAAUGUUUUGAUUUGAACAAGGGUUAAUGGCAUGGUGCAUCCCGACUGACAAUACAUCUGAUAACCUGUUGGAAAAAAGCUGUCGUCUAUAGGAUGGUAAUACAGGGUGCUUUAAGGGGCAAACCUCUUGCAUAGUUUUGUACUGUAUAGUUAACACUUUAUUCACUUCAAUGCAUAUGCUGUAGUCUUGUGUCUAAAUAAAGUGUGCUCAAACGCAGAUGUACAUUGAGAGCACUCCAGUAGCAGUUAAGCUUACAUCCAUUUGGUACGUGUUUGCUCAUAGUAGGUGUACACAACCAGUUUUCCUCAUAUUUUGAUGCUGAUACUUCUGCACUGCUGUACCCCAAUACACUGUCCCAAGCAGUCUGCGAGAUGAUUCUUUUCUAAAAGACACAUUUUGUACUAAUGGUAGUAAUUGAAGUGGGAAGAUUUACAUGUUGCUGUGUAAAAAAAAUAAUAGACGGGUGUUCUGUCCAAUAAAAUCAACCAGUGGAAAAUGGA